AUGGCAGAUUCGCGUAUCAUCGGAAAUGUGGUACAACCUCUAGCGCGGUCGGUUGUCGAGCCCUCGACGACCGGCGUUGAUGCAAACAAUUCCAUUAACCAGCUCACCGACUCCGGCGAGUCUACUACAAACCUUGUACCGAUUUUCCCACAGCAAAAUGCACCUCAAAACGAUCAAGAUAAAGAGAAUAGUCAUACACUAUCUCAAACACAAAAAGCGCUAGAAGGAAAUACAUCUGGUCUUAUGAACAGCAAAUAUGCAGGAACAAAGGAUACAGACACAGACAGCGCAGGAACCUCUAGACCCGGGAGCAUUUCACCAACUAAAAUGGAUUCCAUCAAACCCAAAUCAACAAUUAGGAAAACAACUUUUAAGUCGGUUUCUGUAAACAAGGUGUUUUUGAAGGAUUCGGUUCCCACUGCAGGACCUGUGUCUAAUGCUCUCGGUUCCACAACAUCCAAAGCAUCAACGGCUUUCUCCGUCCCUCAGCCAGCUUCUCGUAAUGUGUUAAGUGCUUCGAAAUUAAAGUUUGUGAAGACUGGUGCAUCCUCCCAGACUUCGAGGCCUGGAAGUACUGGACCUGCUGGUUCUGCUGGCUCAAAAAAAGGAGAUCAAGCUCUGCCUGUGUGGAAUAAAAACCUACCGACACCUCCGCCCCCUAAAAAGGAUGUCACCGAUGAAGAACUGAAAUUAGAAUUUGGGAUUCAUCUAGCGUCAAGACUGGUUUCAGAUAAUGAAUCUAAAGAAGCUAAAUGGGCUGAUAUAGAUGAUGAUGACGAUGAUUGGGUUCCGGAGGCUAUCGCGUGGAACGAUGGCAUGAAGGUUACCAUGGAUGACACUACGGCGGCGACUACAGCGGCGAACACGGAGACAACUGUAUCCCCGCCUGCCACUCAUAUCGAACCAGUGUGUCUAGAACCUGUCAAGGAGGUUGCACCCCCGAAAUCACCAGUGCCUGUUCCGGUUGUUCCGGUUGCUCCAAUGAAGGAGGAGUCAAGACCCAAAACUCUUAUUACUGAAAAGCCUUCUUCGAAACCCACCGAGACAACUUCUACCCACCCUGUCCGGGCUUCUCCUUGGGCAAAAAUACCUCCCCCAAAUGCGGGUCUCCCAAUUGUCUCAAAUCAUAAUCUUCGAAACAACGAUUUCCCACCUCCUCCCCCUCCCCGUCAUGAGUUGGGCGUGGAACCGUCAGCACAGCAUACUACAAACUCCUCUUUUGGAAUGAAAGAAGUCUCGGCAGAGGUUUUCGACCGGUCAUGGCGCGAUAGGCCAGUCAAUCAUAGUGCACGUGAGCGUGAGUUAUUCAAUUCUGAGACUGGACAGUUAGAGCCAGUUAGAGAAGCUCGUAACGGAGGGGCGAGGCAGAAUCGCAACGAUCCCCCGAUGCACAAGCAUUCUGUUCUUCAACGUCCUUCCGGUCCGGCUGAACCAUCUGCAGCAUUCCAGCAAUCGCGCAGCAGUAUGAGUUUCCAUAGGCCUGAAGAUUAUGGGCGUAGAAGAGCGUCCUCGAAUGUAAGCGGAGGUAGUGGUAGCACUGGCGGUAGGAGACCAUCUUUCUCUACCGGUAGGUUUAGCUCAGAUCAACCGCCCACACCGGAUGAUGCUAGAUUUCCAGGUCAAGAUCUCAGGCGUGGUUCGUUUGGCUACAGCAAUCCGUUUGAUAACGAAGGUUCUCGUGGAAACCACACUCAAUCAGGUCCAUACAGCCCGAAAUUUCAACACCCGUCACCGAGAAUGGCAGUUAUUUCCCCGGUAAUGAACCAUGUAAGACCCUCAGUUACACCAAAUAUUCAGCAGAUUCAGCCUUCAGCCAUUCCCCCAGCGCCUGUUGUAGAUCCCAAUUAUGAGGACCCCGUUAUCGCACAAGAGCGGAUUAUGAAGGAAUCUAGCCAGCUGGCAAGGAAACGUAGGCAAGAAGAAGAGGCUAAGGAGGAGGCUGCAAAACAAGAGAGACUGAAGAUCAAGCUUGAGGCAUUGGAAAAACAAGCAAAGCUCCGGGAGGAGGAGGCUGCCAAGCAAAAGGCUAUUCAGGACAAACGUGAAGCCGAGGAGAAAGCAGCUGAGGAGUUAAGACUCGCCGAAGAAAAGGCUGUAGCAGAGAAGAAAGCCACGGAUGAGAAAGCUGCUGCUGAAAUAAAGGCACAAGAGGCACUGGCAAAGAAAGAGUCUGAAGAAAGAUUGGCAUCAGAAAGGGAACGUCCUCGACAAGGACAAUUUCCAGAUCGCUCAGCUAGGGAGCCGGCGGCAUCUUUUAUACGUAGUCGGUCUCCUGGCAAUACAUCAGGAAUUCCGACAGGGCCUCAAAUGCAGGGGAGAAGACCAGCGGGGCACAUGCAAACUCAAGACCGUGGAUCAAGGGAGCAGCCCCCCUGGAAGAGUGUUUCUUCUGGGUCCGAUCGAUAUACUGGUCAAUGGGGAAGUUCGGGAAGUAAUGGUCAAGCCCAAAAUUCUACUGACGGUAAUCCUUGGGCUCCUGUUGGCGAGAAACCGCGGUUUUCGGGGUUUAAUGGCGUUGGAAAUGGAACUUUUGAAAACCGUUACUCAGGAUUCUCUGCAAGAUCAAAUGCUUCACCCGCCAUGCAUGGUCAGCAGAAUAGAGAUGAUGGACGGCAGGGUGGGCGGCCAGGCCGUUCUGGUCACAUCUCCCCGGGAUUUUCCCGCGGAACCCGGCCAAAUGAUAAUAUUCCUCAAGAUGAUCGUUCACAAGCCGUGAAUCGCUGGAAUACACUUGCAAACACUCUCCAAGAUGAUGAAUCUACAGAAAGGCGGAGGAGUAGGGAAGAGAGGUUGGCCCGGGAGGCUGACGAAGUCGCCUCUGGGAUAAAGAGGGAGCCUGUAGUCCACCCAAAGAUUUCCGAAACCUGGAGGAAGGUUGAAAUCAGUGAUGGUCAAGGACAGGUUGAUAGGAAGCUUGUCAGCAUUUCAAAGAUAGUACGUGAUGAAGCAUCAUCGAUUAAUAAAGAUUCGUUGACAGGACCACCUGCGAUCAUUGGUACAGCGGCUCAAUCAACUACAGGGAACUCACAACUUCAGAGGAAUAAUAUUCCAACUGGGCCUGCUGCAGGUCGACCAACGUCUCGUUUCUUCCCCGCCGCCGCGAAUUUGGUGGCACAACACUUAGGAAAUCCAAGUAUCCCAAUAGAUGAGACAACGCCAAAGAUAAACCCACCAGGAUCACCACCCCCUCCAAUGUCUUCCGAACACCCUGUACAUGGUGAUAUCAAUUCGCGUGUUGUACAUCUUCCCCCUUCGCCUCAAGCUCAACAUGCUAGUGGAAGAAUCUCGCCCAGCUCUCGCCCCAAUAACAAUUUUCACAAAAUGGAUAACCCGAAAUCACCACGUCACCUUCCUUCUUGUGACCAACUUGAACUUGUGCAGCGGAGAAUUCUAGAGUCCAUGGGAAAAUCUUCUUUGAAGCAGCAAUCCUCACAGCAACAAUCGGCCCGCCCUCAUCCGCAAGAUAACAAUGUCCUUGCAUCCAAGGACUUCUCAGCUACAAAACCUUCUUUCGAAGAAAUCCGAGGGAAUAUUAAUAAGCCCUCGGUUUCACUUCCCGGCAGUUCUCAUGGCAGCAAAGAUUCUAGCGAGAAGGGUGAGGCUUCGGCAGCAGGGGAAGCGCAAAUGGAUGGUGGAUGUAUUCUCUCGAAGCCCGAUGAUGAAGAGUUCUUUCAUGGAUUGUUUGAACGAGAUUUCGGGUCUACGCCCACUGUCAAGAUCCCACACAAUCAUACUCCCAUCUAUAACGGUAAUCCUUCCAAAUCGCCAAUGUCUCCAUUGCAGAAGUCGCGCAAAACUCCUCGGCUUUGGGUGCAAGCACCUCAGACUAUCAACGCGUUUGACCCGUUUGAUCCAUCCGGUAAAGAAUUCGUCAACGUAGAGGGGAAACGGUUUAUUCCAGUUCACCUUCCGGGAGGGAAAGAAUCUGAGGUUUUGUGUAAGGUUCCGGAGGGGAAGCAUCGCAAAAAGUUCUCGGGCUCCCGUAAAAGUUCUGGAAAGUUCAACGGUGGAAAUGGUGGGCAUAUGGGUCGUGGUAGCAGCAUGGGCAAAAGGGUGGCAGAACUAGUGCAAUAA